GAUUCCUCCAGCUAUAAAUGGGCGAUCACUACACAAAAUUUACAAAGAAGCCAAUUCAAUACACAAACCUGAUCCAUUUAUCUUAGGACACACCAAAAACAAAAACAAAAACAAAAACAAAAUGCAGACAGGCCUGAGCAUGAUGAACAUGUCCACUCUCCCUGUUCCUUCGCCUCUGAAUAGAUCAUCACCACCUUUCUUUCCACUUCCCUCUCCAAAACUCGAUUCCAAAUCCACUCCCAGAGUCUUCUCUGCAAAAGCAGCUCCUGCAUCUUCUGAUCCUCUCACCGUCGACUACAGCUCUUUCGUCUCCGUCUUCCCAGCUGAAGCGUGCGAGACGAUUGGCGGGGAAGCCUGUUUGGCCGACGUUUACCCUGAAGUUAAGCUCACCUCUGAACCCACCACCCCAGCCAUGCCAGCUUCAGAGCCCUAUGACAGAGAGUACCUCGAGUACAACGACCCCAAGACGGUUUUCUGCGCGGAGGCAUGUGAUGACCUUGGAGGAGAGUUCUGCAGCCCUGAUUACCAGAAGGGUGUCUACUAGAAGUAUAGAAGAAGACCCAGAUGUGUAUAUUGCCCAUAUGUGAUGUGCUUAUAUAUAUAAAUCAGACAUGUCUCUGUAACUACUUGUUGAUACAUCUACAGUCACAUAUAAAAAGAACAGCGAGUUGAACUGAA